AUGGAAACAGCGACGAAAGAUGGAUGCAACCACGUCAUGCAAAAUGAUCAAAAUAAGCAGGACUGUCUUGACUUUUCGGACGACUUUGUCUUCUGCUCGACCUGCCACAAUUUCUCGCCGUACCACAAAGAGGGCUACCUAGACAAAAGGUGUUCGAGUUCUUGGUGUGGAUACUCCAAAAGAUGGUUUCUUCUGAAAAACAAAAAAUUAUAUUACUUCAAAAGUAAAGAAAGCUUGAGGCCGUCAGGCGUCCUCGAUCUAGAGCUCAUCCGCAUGGACAUUAACUACGAAAAUGGGACAAAGCGGAAACGAAGUGGAGAAGACUGCAUUCUGUACUGCAUCGAAUCGAGGAUGUACAAGAACGACAGCAAAAAGGAGUCUGUCCUAAUUUUAACCCCAAGGAACACAGGCCUCAGGUUUUACUUAAGGGGUGAAGACGCAGAAAUAUACGAUUGGUACAACUUGCUAAAGAGCUCCAUGACGAGCAAUAAAAUUAUAAGUCAACCGAAUUUUAUUUUUUCAGAAAGUAACUUUUGGAAAAUGGACAGAAUAUCGGUUGAUGUAUUCGAGUCCAUUGCAGACACGGGAGACAUAAUCUUAUUCAGGUCAAACGUGGCUACUGCCAAGCUGCAGAGGAUCAUAACGAGGGGCGAGUAUGAUCACAUCGGUAUGAUUCUGAGGAAUGACAAAAACGGAAUAUUUCUCCUCGAGGCCUUAUCCAACAUGGGAAUCAUCCUGACGCCGUGGGAGCUUUUUAGAAAGAACCGGUGGAACGAGGCCUACACCAGAAUUGCUCUGAGACGCCUCACCUGGGACAACUCUGAAGAAAAUCUUAAAAAGUUGCUCGACUUUCUGAAAAACACCAUAGGGAAAAAAUAUAACCUCAGGAUAAUUAAUUUUCUGGCCCCCAAAUCUGAUGACGCGGGAUAUUUCUGCUCCGAGCUAAUAGGAGAAUGCUGGAAGAUAAUGGGUGUCAUUCCUACAAACACAACAUGUUCUUAUAUCUGGCCCAGUAAUUUUUCAGAAAAGUUCGAAGAGAAAAUGAAGUUGCAGGAAGGUUGCCAGCUGAAUAAUGAGCUAUGCAUAGACUUCACCCUGUGA